AUGUCUUGUCUGCCAUGGAUGGCCUUUGUUGGCCUACUGGCUCUUGCUUCAGCCGAUCUCUUUACGGCUAUCGCUGAUAUGGAACGUAUGUUAGGCCAUGAGAAGGAUGUUACUUCCGUUAUUGAUCAGUACAUUUCAUCCGAGCAAGAACGUUUGAAGGAACUUAAGAAGUUCGCUGAAGAGUACGUCAACAGAAACAACCAUGCUGCCAAUGUCGGACCAGAAUUCGUUACGAAUCCUAUCAAUGCUUUCCUUCUGAUCAAAAGACUCACUUCUGAAUGGAAGAAGGUUGAGGAAAUCAUGAAGAAUAACAGAGCAGAUUCUUUCAUCCAAAAUAUUACCGAAAAUCGUCUUCGGGGUCAAGUAAAAUUCCCUGGUGAAGAAGAUCUCUCCGGAGCAGCUAUUGCUCUUCUUCGUCUUCAAGACACCUACAAGCUAGACUCUCACGAACUAUCCAACGGAUUCAUGAACGGUGAGAAAGUAGGACAUGCUUUGACUGCUCAUGAUUCAUUUGAGAUUGGAAGAGCAGCUUACAAUCAGCAUGAUUAUUAUCAUGUUGUCAUGUGGAUGCAAGUUGCUUUGAACAAGUUGGAGAAUGAAUCGACUAAGACCAUUGAUGAAUCAGAAGUUCUUGAAUACUUAGCUUUUGCACUUUACAAACAAGGAAAUGUUCGAAGAGCUCUAUCUUUGACUAAAAGAUUGGCUGAGAUCUCACCAAAACAUCCUCGUGCUAAAGGAAACGUCAAGUGGUAUGAAGAUAUGCUUGUAGGAAAAGAUCUUGAAGGAGAGUUACCUCCAAUUGUUAAUAAGCGUGAUGAUAACGACGGUAUCGAUGAAAGAGAUGCUUAUGAAGCCUUAUGUAGAGGAGAAAUCGAGCCUAUUGAUCCUGCUGAGGAGAAGAAGCUUCGUUGCUACUUGAAGAGAGAUAAGCCUUUCCUGAAACUAGCUCCAAUCAAAGUAGAGAUUCUUCGCUUGGACCCUCUAGCUGUUCUGUUCAAAGAAGUCAUCAGCGAUUAUGAAAUCUCUGUUGUCAAAGAGCUCGCUUCACCAAAAUUGAAGAGAGCUACAGUCCAAAACUCUGUUACCGGAGAAUUAGAGACUGCCAGUUAUCGCAUCAGUAAAAGCGCGUGGCUGAAGGCUGUGGAGAGUCCUGUAAUUGAGAGAAUUAACCAGCGUAUCCAAUAUAUGACGAACUUGGAACAAUCGACUUCCGAAGAUCUCCAGGUCGCCAACUAUGGUCUUGGUGGUCAUUAUGACCCUCAUUAUGACUUUGCCAGGAAAGAAGAAAAGAACGCAUUCAAGAACCUCAACACCGGAAAUCGUAUUGCCACAGUGCUAUUCUAUAUGAGCCAGCCAGAGAAAGGAGGCGCAACUGUUUUCAAUCAUUUGAACACUGCUGUUUUCCCUUCAAUGCAUGAUGCCUUGUUUUGGUAUAAUUUGAAGAGAAAUGGUGAUGGAGAUUUGAGAACAAGACAUGCUGCUUGUCCAGUUCUCCUUGGAGUCAAAUGGGUUUCUAAUAAAUGGAUUCACGAGAGAGGCCAAGAAUUCAACCGUCCUUGUGGCUUGACUGAAGAUAUUCAAGAGCAGUUCGUCGGAGAUUUGACACCAUUAUAA